GCCAUUGCGCACGCAUGUGCGUUCAACAUCUGCAUGUGGUAGGCUAAACCAGUAAGGCUCGACCUCCAAGCGUCACUUUCUACGGGAUGUAUGGCUGCAUCUCUUUUGGAAGGUGUGGGAUUGACUCUGCUCCUCACUCUGUUUGAAGUGUAACCGUGAUGCGUGUGUUCAUUUUUUUCUCCAGUAAAUUGGCUACUGGUUUUGCUUUCGCUAAAACAUGCGUCAAUGUCGCUACAUUUCUACGGAUUAAUGCAUACGCAAAAUAUUGAUACGUUGAACACAACGUGAAUAUGGAUUUUAUCUUUGUUUCAAUACUUUUUAUAUUUAUCGACGCGAUUUACGCAGUGUCCCGCUAUGGAAAUCUCCAACCAUACAUGCCCAACGUGUGUGCAGAGCGGGAAGUGAUGCUCGUUGCCCAAAGGCAGCCCUGUGUGCAGGCCUUCACACGCAUGGUCAAGGUCUGGAAGCAAGGCUGCCUAGGACAGAACUGGUGCAUGGGAUACGAGAGAAGGACAGCGUAUUACACAGCAUACAGACAAGUCUACAGACAAGACUACCGGGCGGUUUACAAGUGCUGUCCUGGAUGGUCUCAACUCAACGGAGAGGCUGGCUGCUUGUAUCCGGUGUGCAGCUACGGCGUGUGCUUCAACGGGGGCCAGUGUCGACAGGGAUCCCGCUCCAGCUCCCAGCUCUGUGAUUGUCCUGCUGGCUUCAAUGGGCCCAGUUGCCAGUAUGAUGUAAAUGAGUGUGAGGAGACUAACGGCGGUUGUGAGGCUCUGUGCUGCAACACCAUCGGCAGCUUCUACUGCAAGUGUCCUUCUGGUGAGCAGGUGAAGGACGACGGCAGGACCUGCCAAGAUAUUGAUGAGUGCCAGGUCCACAACGGGGGCUGCCAGCACGGUUGUGUGAACUCCAGGGGCUCCUAUCACUGUGAAUGUAACCCAGGCUCUCGACUCCAUGUGGAUGGACGCACCUGCAUCGCUGUCCAGUCAUGUGGAAUCAGUAAUGGAGGAUGUGAGCAUUUCUGUGUACAGCAGUCCCCUGCUGCCUUCCGCUGCCGCUGUAGAGACCAAUAUGUGCUGGCUGAAGAUGGCAAGCACUGCAAAUUGGAGAAUCCAUGUCUAGAUAAGAAUGGUGGCUGCCAGCAUGACUGUCUUGUUGAUCGUGGCAAGGCCCACUGUGAAUGUAGAAAUGGGUACAAGCUGGCAGAGGACAGGAAGACCUGUGAGGAUAUUGAUGAGUGUGAGUCGGAGCAGACGGGCUGUGCUCAUGGCUGCCACAACAUCCCGGGCUCCUUCGCCUGUGUGUGUGACACUGCCUACGAGCUGGGAGCAGACGGACGCCAGUGCUACCGAAUUGAGAUGGAGAUCGUCAACAGCUGUGAGAGCAACAACGGAGGCUGCUCCCAUCACUGCCAGCACUUCACUGGUGGCCCUGUCUGUAGCUGUAACCAGGGUUACCGACUGGAGGAGGACCUCAAGACCUGUGUUGACCUGGACGAGUGUGGAGAGGGAAGCUCCUGCUGCGAGCAGGACUGUACCAACUACCCUGGGGGCUAUGAGUGCUACUGCACAGCGGGGUACCGCCUCAACUCAGACGGAUGUAGCUGUGAUGAUGUGGAUGAAUGUCUGGCAGCUAAUGGUGGCUGUGAUCACAUGUGCCAGAACACCGCCGGCUCCUUCCAGUGUUUCUGCCGCCGAGGCUUUCGUCUGGACGAGGACCGACACUCCUGUGAACCGCUGGAGAAUACAGUUGAGGCCCUGUAUAGUGGGGGCCAGGAUGCCGUGGGGCCCAUGCCUCAGCCUCAGCUCACCCUGCUGCAGGACUACAACCAGCCCCUGGAGCGCUAUGAUGACUAUGAGGAUGACGACACUGGAGAGCUGCUGGCUGAGAGCAUGUUGGCAGAGAAAUUUGUGUGUCUGAACAACACGUUUGGCCAUGACUGCAGUCUGACCUGUGAAGACUGUUCUAACGGAGGGCUGUGUGGCCCAGGGAGAGAUGGAUGUCACUGUCCCGAUGGAUGGACAGGCCUCAUUUGCAACCAGACUUGUCCUGAAGGAUCCUUUGGCAAGAACUGCUCAUUUCCCUGUAAGUGUAAGAACGGAGCCACCUGUGAUCCUGUCAAUGGGAACUGUCGCUGCCCACCUGGGGUCAGUGGAGACAUGUGCCAGGAUGGCUGUCCUAAGGGCUUCUAUGGGAAACAGUGCAAUAAGAAGUGUAACUGUGCCUGUAACGGGCGCUGCCACCGCACCUACGGAGCCUGUCUGUGUGACCCUGGACUCUACGGGAGGUUCUGCCAUCUACCAUGUCCCAAGUGGGCCUUUGGACCGGGCUGUUCAGAGGAGUGUCAUUGUGUCCAACAGAACACUCUAGAGUGUCACCGUCGCCAUGGCACCUGUGUCUGCAAGCCCGGUUGGCAAGGCAAUGCAUGCAGGGAAGAGUGUGACCCAGGCACGUUUGGCCCAGGCUGUGAGAACAAGUGUGAGUGCCCGCUUGGACUGUCUUGUGAUCAUGUGACUGGGAAGUGCCAACGUCUGUGUCCGGCUGGUCUCCGUGGAGACACCUGUGAUCAAGCCUGUCCAGAGGGGAGGUUUGGGCCAGGCUGCCCUCAGGCCUGUGACUGCUCAGGGGCUCCGUGUGACAGAGUGAGCGGCCAGUGUCAGUGUCCUGCAGGAACAUCAGGAAAACGCUGUGAGAAUUUGUGUGUGGAGGGAUCCUGGGGCGCGGGCUGCCAUGAGGCCUGUCCAGUCUGUGAGAAUGGAGGAGUGUGUGACAAACACAACGGAACCUGUUCCUGUCCUCCUGGGUACAUGGGCAGGCUCUGUCAGAACUCAUGUCCGGCAGGACGGUUUGGUGUUGGAUGCCAGCUGCGCUGCGUGUGUGAAAACAGUGGGCACUGCCACCCUGUCACGGGCCGUUGUACUUGUAACCCUGGCUGGGCAGGACAUAACUGCAGGAAAGCCUGUGACUCUGGGCGCUGGGGAGUGGACUGUGCUGAGAAAUGUGACUGUAAGAAUGGGGAUGGGAGCUGUGAUGCAGUGACGGGCCAGUGUAACUGUGAGGCCGGCUACACAGGGACACAAUGCCAUGAAGAGUGUCCAGUGGGGUCUUUCGGUCUGGGCUGUCGGCAUCACUGCCAGUGUGACAACAAGGGGUCAUGUGACCAUGUCAGUGGAGCAUGCACCUGCCUGGUGGGCUGGACUGGAACCUUCUGUGAGAAACCCUGUCCCCAGGGCUUCUAUGGGGCAGACUGCCAGGAGAAGUGUGUCUGUCUGAAUGGAGGUCACUGCAACCAUGUCACUGGGACGUGUGUGUGUCCAGCUGGUUGGAUCGGUCCCACCUGCAAACUGACAUGCCCGGCUGGUUUCUAUGGGGAGGGCUGUAACCAAACCUGCGGUUGCCAUAAUAAUGGCAACUGCCACCCGGCGAACGGGCAGUGUGUCUGUACACCUGGCUGGACAGGGCCCAGCUGCUCACAGGAAUGCCCAGUGGGCUUCUAUGGGGCGGACUGCCGUCAGCACUGCCUGUGUCAGAAUGGAGCCAAAUGUGACCGAAUCAGUGGGCAAUGUACAUGUGCCAACGGGUGGAUGGGCGCAGCCUGCGGGCUAGAGUGUGUAUCAGGGCGGUUCGGGGCCGACUGCCAGCAGCAGUGUCAGUGUGAGAAUGGGGGCCACUGCGACAGACAGACGGGCCAGUGCAACUGUGGUCCUGGCUGGGUCGGAGAGCGCUGUGAAAAAGCCUGUGGGUCAGGCCUGUUUGGAGCUGGCUGUGAGGAGAGUUGUCAGUGUGAGCAUAUAGCCCCCUGUCACCACGUUACUGGGCACUGCCUCUGUCCACCAGGUUGGAGGGGACCCCACUGUGAUAAAGCCUGUUUACCUGGAACCUAUGGCAAGGGCUGUGUGCAACGCUGCACCUGUCCCCAGGGUACUUCCUGUCACCAUGUGUCUGGGGAGUGUGGCUGUCCCCCUGGACUCACUGGCAAUGGCUGUGAACAGACCUGUCUGUCAGGGACACAUGGACUCAACUGUAACCAGGUGUGCCAGUGUUCUGAGACCAACCAGCUCUGCCACCCAGUGACUGGGUUGUGUUACUGCGCACCAGGCUUCCAAGGUCCUAAAUGUAACCAGGAGUGUCAGGAAGGUUGGUAUGGUCCCGACUGUGAGCGAGAGUGCCAGUGUCAGAACAGUGGGAAGUGCAGGUCCACCUCUGGCACCUGUGAAUGCACAGCAGGGUUCAUCGGAGCACACUGCAACAUCACGUGCCCAGCUGGUCGUUAUGGGCAGGACUGUGCCCGCGUGACACUGUGUGGAGAGGGGGCACAUAAUGAUCCUGUCACUGGUAGAUGUCACUGCAGCCCUGGGCGAAGAGGAGAGGACUGUGGACAAGGCUGUGCUCCUGGUUGGUUUGGAGAGGACUGUGCUAUCCUCUGUAACUGCAGUAAUGGAGGACUGUGUGACUCUGUCUCUGGAAGCUGUACCUGUGGUCUGGGCUGGACUGGGGCUCACUGUGACACAGAAUGUCCUCCGGGGACAUUUGGAGGUAACUGCCAGCUGAAGUGUGACUGCUGGAACAAUGGCACCUGUGACAGGGUGACUGGAACCUGUCAGUGUGGUCCAGGAUACUACGGACAUCAGUGUGAACAUGCGUGCCCCCCUGGUCUCCAUGGCCCUUUGUGCCAACUCCAGUGUACCUGUCUGAACAAGGCAUCCUGCAACCCCUCCACUGGGUUCUGUGUCUGUCCUCCAGGGUACCAUGGCUCCCGCUGUCACAGAGAGUGUCAACAGGGCACGUUUGGUGUGAACUGUGCCAAGUCAUGUGACUGUGAGGAGGGCACGCCCUGUGACCCUGUGAGUGGCAGGUGUCUGUGCACCUCAGGCAAAACUGGACCCAGGUGUGACACUGCCUGCAAAGCAAACCGCUAUGGGCCAGACUGCACAGAGAGCUGUGUGUGUUACAACGCGGCUCACUGUGACCAUCGGAACGGCCGCUGCACAUGUCUCAACAGCUGGAUCGGACUCACCUGUCAGGAAGGUGGGCCUCCACGCCUCCCCUACAGAAGCAGGAGGGAGGAUAACACACAUCUAGACAAUGCGUUAUAGCGCCCCCUUUUGGUCGGAGGCUCCAAUCACCAAUGAGCCUCCGACUGGAAGAGGCUGGGGCAGCAGCACGAGCUUCGCUGAAGCCGAACUGAAUUAAAAGGUUGGAUAUUAUUAUUUCAGACAUACACACCCCAAUGGGACAGGAUACUGCUGUACCCACAGGAGCUGAAUGACAGACAUGGAGAAAUGGACUCGAAGGAGAAAUGUUCUCAGUGUUUGCUUUAGGGUGGAUAAUGCUUUGGUGUGUGUGUAUGCUGUGAACUGUGCAGGGCUUUCAUUGUUUGUGUUCAUGUGCAUACUGUAUACAUGUGCAUCUCCCACUCAGGCAUGGCCUAACUCAUCAGUGAUGAGGUACGGUAUGUUGUGACCCCCUUUCUGGUAGUUAGAGGGCGGCCAGUGUUUACCAGGACUAGGAGCUCUAUUCAUUGUGUGUCGCUGAAGCGUUCAAUUUAAAGGUAAUGACCUAUUGGCCGACAUCUGCAGCGUUUCCCUUGCAUGCAGUGUCUGCUAAAGCAGGAACAUUGCCUUUAAAUUCAAAUCAAGCUGUACACCCUCCCCCCUGGACAAACCACGCAGGAUAUAGAUGUGUUUGGCGACAGUUGCUGAACGUCCAACACUAACACUCAUUUUUUAUUUCAGAGAUUCACCGACUCACUAUUGUACUUGAUAUUUGUUUUGUAUACUAUGCAAUGCUAUACUAUUGUACUUGAUAUUUGUUUUGUAUACUAUGCAAUGCUAUACUAUUGUAUGUAUUUGUUUUGUAUACUUGGCAAUUCUGUAGUGUUUUAUGCUUUGGUUUUUGUCAUUUACCCCAGAAAUGUUCAUGGAAUAUGUAGAUAAACAGUAUACAUGUGGCAUUAUUAUACAAAUCCCAUCACUUCUACAUCAUAUACUGUAAAUGAUUCAUUAUUUGAAUCUGUCCUUAUGAAUGAGCCAUCAGAGCCAACAUAACCCAGGUGCUUUUGGAUAGUAGUGUGAGGUGAAUCCUAUCAGACAAUGCAAAGUGAUUUGAGCACCUGAAAAAGCGCUUUCAAUGAUAUUUCCAAUCCAGUAUAAUAUUAUAUGAUGUCUAUUUGCAGUGAAUACCAUAAAGUUAUGUUUGAUAUUCUGUACUUUAUAUGAAGCGACUUGUUGUAAAAAUGUUGGUGCUUAUGGCGCUUUAAUCCACUAUAUGUUGACCAGAAGACAGUAUACUAUCUAUAUAUUGGUCAGUACAUUUUUGUUUACCAAAGUAUGUUUGCGUGGGCGAUUCUGAUUCAUAUCCUCAAAGUUUAGAGUUCACCCCAUUGGAUUACACAAUGAUUCAGGAGACACAAUAUAACUUGAGCAGACAGUGGGCUCAGCCCAGUCAUGGUAAACAGUACCUUUUUGUUUUUUUGUGUAUAAAGUGCUCUUUACAUAUAUUUAUAUUUUAUACAGUAUAUUGUAUACAGUUCAAGAUAAUGCAAUAGGUAAGUGUAUUCUGUCUAUGACUGGAGUCAAGAGGAUGUUCUAAUCGGGACACCUAGUAAAUAACCCAGAAAAUAUCAAACACAAUCAAUGAAUGAAAAAGUCAAACACAGGGAACUGUUUUUACAUUCUUAUUUUUUCAUUGUCAUUUCAUUAAAGACGAAGCUGUACAUCUGGUCUAAAUGCAGAUUGAAGCACAGUGCAGUUAGCAAUGCCUGCAAAUGAAAAGAAAGAAAAGGCAGAGGUGACCACAACCAUAAAUAUAAAGGUCAAACUAUGUACAUACAGGAGAUGACUAGCUAGGGCAUCAUCACUGAGAGAAGGUAGUCUGCCAUUGCAUUCAUUGGAGAGCAUUCUGCACAAUACACACAAUACAAAUAAAUAGCUUAUUUUGUCUAUCUUUACACUGAUACAAUAUUAAGAGGAAAAUGCAGCAUGUUGAAAAUGAAAAUAAAAAGACACUUUUACUAACCCUCUUCUGCUUCUUCUACGUUAAAGGCCCGAACAUACAAAAAUAAUCUCUAACAUACGGCAUUCUGUGAGAUAAGCAUCAUUCAUCUACAGGGCUGGUUUCAAAGGUUUCUGAGCUGAUAGUAACAUCAAUACUAUGAUAUGUAUGGAACAGUGGCUGUGCAAAGGGAGGCUGUCAAACGACAACACUGGACAGGAAGACGAGAGAGCCUGCAACGAUGAGUCUACUCACUAAACAGCCUGACUCACACACCUCAAAUUCUUAUAAAAUCAUCCACACUGCUUGUCUAGCAUUAUCCACUAUGCCAGUAAGGAGCAAGCUCUUCCAAGAGUGCACUUCACACGCUGUUGUGUUGCCAGAGUGGUCCUGUAAAUAGAGGAGCUCUGUGGUGCUCAUCUCUCUCUACAGCCUCUCUCUACAGAGCAGCCUAUCUCUCUACAGCUCAGCCUCUCUCUCUACAGCUCAGCCUCUCUCUUUACAGCUCAGCCUCUCUCUCUACAGCUCAGCCUCUCUCUCUACAGCUCAGCCUCUCUCUCUACAGCUCAGCCUCUCUCUCUCUACAGCA